GAUCUUCAUCAAUUUAUUAGUGAUUGGUAUUCGUGAUUGUUUUUUUCUUUUUCAAAGUACUGUUUACUCUCUUAUGAAACUCACGCAUGCGCACAUGUCUUUCACUCAGUCUGUUCCAAAAAUUGAGCAGUCGCUCGCUAGCGGUCUCGAUGUAAGGUAAGGUACACGUGUGGCGCUCUUGGAUUUUUUUCAACUCUCUCGAGCGUCUAUAAGACAUGGCCGGUGUUGUACCCUUGUCCGGGAGGUCUGGUAGAAGACAGUGGACGUUGCACGAUGGACCAAGAGGUUCUCUCAGGCGCUUGCGGUCUCAAUUGGCUGAAGAUGGUUGUCCGGAGUCUCAGGUUGUUUUGGGGAAACAUCUUUUGGAAGAAAGAUGUGAACUUGAUGUGGACAAAGAAGAAAAUGCCAAGCUUGGCGUUUAUUGGUUAACAAAAGCCUCGGAGCAGGGUAACCUUGAAGCGACUGAUAUCCUGAGAAAAUGCCUUGCAUCCGGCCGAGGAAUCACCGAACAUAACUAUUACGAUGUGAAAAGUUGUCUAGACAUGUCGCAGGAUGAGAAGUUGGCUAGGCGAGCAGCACGCGAAGUCUUUACGAGCUUAUCAAAUGGUGAAGACUUCAUAACGACGGAACAGCUUCAGAGACGCAUGAGGGACCUGAGUUUCCCUUCGACGAGUAGAUCAAACUAUUCCAGUUCAAACAGAUCCUCACAAAAGAGCUCUCAGAAAUCACUCGGCGAUACCUACCGAGAAGGAUUCUCAGACGAUGGUCUCUCCGAACAUAUCGCAUCUCUCAAAGACGGUGGAAGAAUUGAAGACAGUCCGCCAGACUGGCUGGAACAUCAAGGAGAAAAAAUAACUGAGGCGGUAUUGGUGUCAGCAGCUGCCAGUUAUGCUCGCGGAUUGCUUCCUAUAGUUUCUAAUGCUCUCUGUAUGGUAGAUCCAUCUCAAAUGGCCCUGGAUACGAUUCCUCUGUUACAAAGGCCUUUCGUUCACCCUUUAACAUCCUUGAAGCGUCUUUACACCUGGCUAGUGGAAACGAUAGGCCGUCGCGGCUCCCCGAUAUUCAAGAAAUUAUUUUUCUCAAACGUUCAGACAUUGCUACUUCUUUUGCUUUAUUGCUUGUUCGGCACCGAAAGUCUAGUACUGUUCGUUCCUAUGGCUUUGUACUAUCUGUCAUUCGUCGUGAUGGUCAUCGCUACUUUCCAGAUGUUACAGCGCAAACGUGAACUCUCAGACUUUCGCGUCUGGUCCGGUUUAUUCCUCAGUUAUUCUGGUGGAAAUUUAAAUCCUGACGAGGCGGAGUAUCAAUUUUGCUGUAACAAUCUUAAGCCGUAUGGUCACUUUUUUCUAGCGCUUUUCGUCAAUCUCAUGCUUUAUCCUCUGAUAGCGCAUCAGUGGACACCGCAGUCCGAGUUCACUGUUAUAGCCGUCACGUUGACGCUAGUGACUUUAUUAAAUUUCAUGUGGAAAGAUGCCUCGCAGUUUCCGGACUUCCUGGCGCUCUUUAGUUUCGGAGUUCACGUUCUUGCAAAGUAUCCCUAUGAGACUGACAUGGUCGUAAUCCAAGGUUGGAGAUUUCUGGAUAUAAGAGUACCAACAUUUGCCUCUUACGUCGUGGGCAACGGUAUCGAAUUCUGUCUGAAUUUUCGAGCCGUAUUCUAUCUACUGAUACCUGCGGUAUUUGCAAAAAUGGCAGCACGAGAUGGUUGGCGUGGAACAUACAAAACUCUGAUACCUCACUGUGUCACUUUGAGUUGGUGGCAAAUAGCUAUACUCAGCUCGCAGGGUGCUACCUGGUAUGGCUUGAUCAGAGGAGCACUGGCUCUCGUGGGAAUGGUGUUUUUCCUGCCCAUUGCUGGUUUGGCCUCGGUUGUCUUACCAAUAGUAGCGGCAGCCAAAUAUCUACCGGAAAGUGAUAUGGUCAUGAGGAUAGCAGUCACCGCGUUACUAGGUGGAAUACCCUUCUUGGCUUCUUGGUAUUUGAGGAAGACAAAAGCACGGAAAUUCAAUUGGAUCAUCACACUUAUUCAGCUUGUUUCCGGGGUUGCUGCCGGUGUAUUUCUAUCCUGGCCAAUGAUUUUGGAGUAUAAACGAGAGGUCGAUACCAGUUCCUGUGAAGCUGUGCCCAGCCUGUCUUGGGAACAGUACCAAAAUCAUUGCCAUCAACCAGCCUGGGAGGAAUCAUCCUCGAAAGCGCAAGUGCAAGUUGAGUGUGCACGUUUGGAUGGAAUUCCAAUAUCUUGGGAAGGAUACGUGACGAAUAUUCGAUUGAAGUCCGUAAAAAAUAGUCUGGGAUCCAUAUUGGGUAAAUUACCUGACAGUAUAAGGAUACCAUUGACUUGCAUGUAUGGGAAACCCUAUCAGGAGGAUUGUUCCGCGGGUGACGAGAUGCGCCAAAGAGUCUGCAGGACUAUACAUGAAAUUAAGCGUAAAAAGCAUAAGUGCGAUUUGUCCUCCUGGAACCAAUAUGAAUUUGAAAUCUCGGUUAAGAUGAAGUCCAGUUUGUGGGGUAGCAACGCGGAGGUGGUUCUCCUUGGAGAUCACUCCUUUACGAAUUUCAGUCUAAACAUCUAUCCUGGUGACAAAAUUUGGUUCGCGGGCUCCCUUGGGAAUUCCGGCUAUGAAAUUGAAUCUCUCCUUGGCGGGAUGGAGCCGCACAUUGACCUGGAGGAAGUAGGUUGUUUAGCUUGUCAUACUAUUGAUUUGCAGUCCUACAAACGGAGGAAGUACGAGAUCAGCUUUGAUUCACUCGCAAGGGACGUUUAUCUCGGUGUAAAGACUGUCUUGAAUUUCCUUUUGAAUCCAUUAGUCAUCUUCAAGUAAAUAUAGAGAUUCUGAUAAUGAGAAUCAAAUACUUCCUUUUAUAUGGCGCGCAACGAACAACAGUUCGGCUCGUUUGUUUCGUAAUCAAAUUGAUUAGUUUUAAAAUCUCUUCGCGACAAAGCAGCAAUACUUUAAUGCAUAUAUUGGUACACGUAGUCCAAGAUGCAUUUCGGUGAAAGCGCAGUCAUCACUUCCAUUGGAUGUCAGUGAUUGUACACGUUGAGGAUAUUCUCUCUGUUAAAAAUUAAGACACCUGUUUGCGUAUUUCAAAGAUUUAUAGUUCCAUGCGUUGUAUAUAAAGUUUGUAGGGUUUUUAUUUUAAAGAAGCACUUAGUCUUAUCGGGAAUAAAACUGCAAAGUGUACGAUGGAAUCCUUGAACAGUUUGUUUCUACCGAGUAUGACCAUGACGAGACUAGCAGUAAACGGUGUGCGAUACGUUCACGAUUUGAAAUUGAAUUCUCAGAGAAUGGUGCUGCAGCCCCAAGUGAGUCUAUCUGGAAUACAACAGCAUUCGUAAGCGUACUGCACGAUCGUGUAAUUGAAUAGAAGAUAAUUAUUCUCUCUUCAUAUGUGUUGUAUAUAUAGGUAUAUACAUACAUAUAUAGCCUAGAAUGUUUUUUAUGUUACCGUAAACUCAGGCAUCUUAGAUUUAGAUUUCAUUAAAAAUUUAUAUCCGAGUAUUUUCCAGAGUAUCGGUAUAUUUUAGGAUUGAUGUAUUUUCCUAAAGGCUAUUAUCAGUCGAAAAAAUAAGCCGCAUAUUUUUCUAUUCUGUUAAUCGUAAAUAAAAAUGAUGAAAAUUAUUUACUUUUAUUUAACAUCGUUCAGUGUGAACACCUUAUUCUUAUUAGUGGACUUUUCGCGAUGUUUAAAUCAGUUAAAAACAGCCCGGUGAGCCCACUAUCCUCGUUACUGCCAGUAAAAAAGAGAAAAAGACGGAUCAAAUUAGUAUCGUUUCUCAUUCCUUUCCAGAUAUUAAAAAAAGUCUCCUCGAAACACUCGAUAUUCCUGUAAUUCCAAGACCAUUCUAAUGCGAUAUCUGUUAGAAUAUUAAAAAGACACUGCAAAUAUAUAAGGACUUUACGAAGUUGUGCUACAUUUAUUGAUUAUUAAUGUUAAAAGUUUAGUCCUGAUGUAAUUGCGGAUGUGACGGAGAUUGCAUUUAGUAUCUAUCGUCUCACGAGAGGACAAUAGCGACCAAAAUGUAGAAAGGGAAUUGAAUGGGAGGUAGAUGUGCCUUGAUGUAUUUAGUUUCCCUGAUAGCUUCGUUACUUGCGUUAAAUAUAGAGAUUUUUUCCCCUUUUUUUGAAGAUGAAAGAAAUUUCUAUCACGUUAGAUGUAUGUAUAACGUAACCUAGUACUUUCAAAAAGUGUGCCAAUUCUUGUCUUAUUAGGAGUUUAAUUGUAAAAGAUAUAUUAAAUGAUUUCUUUAAAAACGAA